CUUCCCUUCUCUCUCCCUCACACCAUCCCUCUCCUGCACUCUCCCUCCACCUCUUUCUGCUCUCUGAAAGUUGAGUCUCCUGAGAUCCCAGAGGCAGACCUGCUCCACGCUGACUGUAACGAGCAGGAAGUGACAUGUGAGAUCAGCCGCUACUUCCCUCGUAAUGCCAAGGAGGGCUCCACAGAACCAGCCUAUUUCAUUGGCUCCUUGCAGCUGGAGAGGGGCGGGCUCAGCCUCACAUUGGUCCUGCAGACACUGCCACUGUACCAAUCAGAUCGUCCAGCUCUCAUACAAAGCAAACUGGACCCCCUCAGCCAAUCAGGAACUUUUCUGACUGAGGUGGUGUUCCUGGUGUUCUCUCGCUCAGAGUCCCACUCUGCUCCUCCAGGGGGCGUGGCCUUCCUGGACUGUGGCUUCAGGCAGCAGGCCCCACCCCCAGGGCAGGAGCUGGGGCUUGAGUGGCAGCACAGAGGAAGUGGGAGGAAAGUGCUGGAGAUUAGGGCGGGGCAGACGGAGACAGAGGAGGGGCCAGCAGCACACGUGGAGAGGAAGGGUUCGAGCGUGGAUGCCGCCCUGCUGGUGGGGCAGGGUAAUGCGUCUCUGACUCUGGCCAGACUGAAGGUAUCUGACGAGGGGACCUACAUCUGCACCGUCAGCACUGGACUGUACCAGGCCCAGCAGGUCAUACAGCUACACGUCACACAACCUCCUCAUGUUUCUCUCUCUGAGGAGAAGCUGGUAUUUCGGGAUGAGUUGCCCCAGAAACUGAGCUGCCACUGCAAGAACUACUACCCUCUGGAUGUCCAGAUGGAGUGGUUCUCCGUCUCAUCUACAGACUCAGAGCCUAGCGUCCUAUCAGACCAGGUGUCUCUCUCCAGCCAUCGGCAGCACAGCGACAGGACCAUGUCCAUCUCCUCCCACCUCACCCUGCACCCCUCCGCCUUCCCCCCUGGAACCACGGUCACCUGCAGAGUGACCCACCCGGCCCUGGACACACCCCUCUCCCUCAGCCUGACAGUAGAGACACCUGAGCCAGAUUCCUACUGGAUGGUCCUGGGUUUUCUGGUUAUAACCGUUCUGUUCUUCUACCAAGUGAUGAAAUAGAGUUCCAACCUAAUUCACAGACCUGGAUUCUUUCAGGGUCGCAGAGGCACAGUAUCUGAAGCUGUUGCAAACCAAUGUCUUAAGAGUUGCUGUAAUGUGAAUUACUGUUGUACUAUAAACAGUUGUACAUUUUCUUCAAAUAAAUAUUUUCUUUAAUAGUA